GACUCCCCAAGUCCAAUUAUCCCAAACAAACCACAACGAACUCAAGACUCCUCUUCCCCUCUCUUCCUUCCUUUCUACUCCUACCAAUGGACAUGGGCGAGUGGUACAGAGGCCGGACAAUCGGCCGCGGCUCCUCCGCCACCGUCUCCCUCGCCACCACCUCCGCCUCCGGCGAGGUCUUCGCGGUCAAGUCGGCUGAGCUUUCUCGCGCCGGGCUGCUUCAGAGGGAGCAGAGGAUCCUGGCGAAUCUGAGUUCUCCUCACGUGGUCUCCUACCUUGGCUUCGACAUCACCUCUGAAACAAACGGUGUCUACUACAAUCUCUUCAUGGAGUACGCCGCCAGGGGCUCGCUCUCCGACGAGAUCAAGAAGGAGGGCGGCCGGCUCGACGAGCUGGCGAUUCGGUCCUACAGCUGCCAAAUUCUCCACGGGCUGGCCUACCUACACUCCAACAGCAUCGCCCAUUGCGACGUCAAGGGCCAGAACGUCCUGAUCGGGUCCGACGGCCGCGCGAUGAUCGCCGACUUGGGCUGCGCACGGUGGAUGGCUGAUGAUCAUAGCAGAGACUGCCUCCAAUUGAGGGGGACGCCGAUGUACAUGGCGCCAGAGGCAGCAAGAGGGGAGGAACAGGGGACGCCGGCCGACGUGUGGGCUUUGGGGUGCACCGUCGUGGAGAUGGCCACCGGGCGCGCCCCAUGGCCGGAAGUCUCCGAUCCGAUCGCCGCUCUCCACCGGAUUGCCUUCUCCACCGACGUGCCGGAGCUACCCAGCUGGAUCUCCGACGAGGGGAAGGACUUCUUGGACAAAUGCUUCAGAAGAGAUCCCGACGAGCGGUGGUCGGCGGAGCAGCUUCUCAAGCAUCCAUUCGUGGCGUCGUCGGCGAAUUGCCUCUCGAACUCGAAUUCGACUGAGAAAUGGAUUUCUCCCAAGAGCACUCUCGAUCAGGCCUUCUGGGAAUCAAUAUCAGACGAAGAAGAAGAAGAUGAAGAGGAGCUCGACAAACUUGAAAACCCAUCAAACGAUCCAUCACAGAGAAUUCAGCUUCUCGCCGCCGCCGCCGGCGUCGAUGUUCCCGACUGGACAUGGGAUGACAGCUGGAUGACCAUCAGAGCAGACGGCAGGGAAUACGAGAUCAUUACCCAGAUAGAGGAAGAUAAGGUUCAGAUUCCGGCGGACGAGCUCAUGAUCGGCGGUGGUGGCUCACCAACGAAUUUGUCGGUCGGCAGGAUCAGCGAAGUUCUCAUGACUAGCAGCAGCGGUGGAAGCGGCAGUGAAGAAUUCAUGUUUAGCACUAAUCACAUGGGUGGAGAGGAGGAUUACCUCUCCGAUUCGCAUAAUUAUUAUAACGAUUAUAAUUGUAAUAGUCCAAGUAUAGUAGAGCCAGAGCAGGGACAUGAGAGGCUGUUCCGUGGCUGUACGAGAGAUGUUACUAUCUUCUGUAAUGGUAAUUGGAAUCAGAAACAGGACAUUCUGCUUGCGUUUUUAAAUUGGUGCUUUCCUUUGUAUCCAGUUGGCUCUUUGCUUUUGUCUUUUACUUUUUGUUCCACUUUAAGAGAAGUUUUGGUAGAAGGAUUGGGAGAUGGACGGAAGUCGCGAGGAUGGGGUGGAUCUAAUGAUCUAAUCCAGACUGCAGAGUCCGGAGUGGUAGGGUAAAUUUUUUAAAAGCUUUGCCACCGUAAUGCCAGCCUUGUC